GUGUAUGACGGGAAGGAUACUUCACAUCGUCUUCUUGGCAAUUUCUCCAAAACUGACAUGUACAAUGUCAUCAUCAACAGUACCUCAAAUCACCUCUGGAUUGAGUUCAACAGCAACGGCAGUGAAACCAACAAGGGAUUCAGACUGACCUACAGCAGUGAGUAGAUUAUGUCCAGAGACACAGCCUAUAUAGAUAUUCCUUGAUUCAUGUUUUAGUGGGCACUGGACAGAUGUCCUUUUAAUGUUUGAAUGGGCUAAAGCGUCAAAUCUGUCUUUCUAGGUUUUGACCUUGUCAAGUGUGAUGAACCAGGAACUCCGAAUUACGGAUACAAGAUUCAAGAUGACGGCCAUUUUGCGAACACAUUUGUUUUGUACAGUUGUAACCCUGGCUAUACUCUCCAUGGGAGCAGCACUCUGACAUGCCUAAGUGGAGACCGUAGGGUUUGGGACAAACCUUUGCCUUUCUGUCUAGGUGAGUGAGUAAUUGCGGAAAAUAGACAAAUCUCACCAUCAAAUCAGAGUUUAUUGGUCGCGUACACAGAUCUGCAGGUGUUAUAGCAGGUGCAGCUCAAUGCUUGUGUUACUAGCUCCAACAGUGCAGUAGAAUGUCUAACAAAUACAAUACAAAUACACAAAAAUAUAUAUAUAUAUUAAACAAGAAAUCAAGAAAUGACAGAAUGAGUCCAAUUAACAACCCAGAGUAGAUUACAUUUACAUUUUAGUCAUUUAGCAGACGCUCUUAUCCAGAGCGACUUACAGUUAGUGAGUGCAUUCAUUAUUAAAAAAAAAAAAAAAUCAUACUGGCCCCCCGUGGGAAUUGAACCCACAACCCUGGCGUUGCAAACGCCAUGCUCUACCAACUGAGCUACAUCCCUGAUAGAUAUAGUAGAGUGAGCAUGUGUCAGAAUCCAGAAUAUAAAUACGUGGUGUGUAUAGACAGGAUAGAAUUUGGAAAUAAGAUAUGAUGUACAGUAGUAGGAAUCAUCAGGGAGCUUUCCCUGACUAUGGCAAUACACACCAUUUCCAUUCCUAAGGAAGAUUCUAUUGACAUAUCAAUUAUCAGAGCAAUGUUCAAGAUGCCCAUAUCAAAGGAUUCAUUUUCAUCUGACGCAUACUAUUGAAUAUAUUACAUUUGCAUUUUAGUCAUUUAGCAGACGCUCUUAUCCAGAGCGACUUACAGUUAGUGAGUGCAUACAUUUUUCAUAUUGGCCCCCCGUGGGAAACGAACCCACAACCCUGGCGUUGCAAGCGCCAUGCUCUACCAACUGAGCUACAGGAGGUUGCUCUUAUGAACAAGUAUAUGGACUCUGUUGUGUUGUCUGCGUUCUGUCCCACUGUUAUUAAUAUCUUACUGAUUCCAUUAUCUGACGAUCUCUGCCAGUUCUACUCUCUCAGGCCAACUACGAGUCAAACCCCCUCCUGUCAUACUGUUGUUAUACUGUACCGAAAUAGUUACACUAGUUAACAGCUAUGAGCAUUUAUCCCCUAAUGCUGGCUAUAUUACUACCCCUAAAGCUAUGUAUGUAGAUACCUUGUGUGUCUCUCUCUUAAUUUAAGUAGGACACUGAGCUUUCUGUGCUGGUGAGAACUGAUACAUUACAGUGUCAUUCUUCAGUUCAGCCUCAUUCCUUAAUUAUCCCAGCUCGGUUCAGACACAUUUCUAUACUGCAGAAAAGUAGCAUGGAAAAUGGAUGACAUUGCCUCAGGCCGUCAUUGUAUUUUUUCUUUCCUUUGAAGGAAGUGACAUAAUAGGGAUAUCCUCUCUUCUUUUUCUGUUGUCAGCAGUGAAUAAAAUAAUACACAUAUGUAUGUGGAGAAGCUAGAGAACAUAUUAGGUUCUUUCAAGUGUGGUUAUGCAAUGUAUUAUGGGAUGUUUAUGAAUUGGGCUGGUUGAUGCCAGAGAGAUAAGCCAGCCUAAGGUUCAUCAGGAUUAAGACACCUCAAAGAUCAGGUUAGCUUAUUUAAUUGGAUUUCUAUUGUGAUGAUAUGAGCCCAAACAUAUUUACACUGAACACUAGGGCUUCUGAUGACCAUGGUAAGAUACAUGUUUCGGUUUCCUCAUCUAGCUGAAUGUGGAGGCCACAUCGCAGGUGCAAUAUCUGGACGGAUACUCUCCCCGGGUUACCCUGCGCCCUACGACAACAACCUCCACUGUACCUGGUCCAUCGAAGCGGACACAGGCAAGACCAUCAGGUACAGUAUCUCACAAUGGAAAAGGCGAUUAGAUACACAAUAGCCCAAUUUUCCUUGACUCCAUUUAAAUGUGAAGUGAAAUCAGCUAGUUUAUUGCGAGGCGUGUCCUAGUAUAGCGGAGCAAUUGUUCUGCUGUACUUUUGGAAAAUGAGCUGUGAUUAAAUGUGCCAUUGCUGAUUGCAUUUCACCCCACUGCUAGGCCUUCCUUGCCAUUAGCAUCUAUUCCUUUAGGUCCAUUACUCGCUUCUUCAAAACCAAACAAUAACCUCCAAAGAUAAACCAAUUAUGCCCGCUAGAAAUGCCAUAGAAAUUAGAUAUGCCAAUUCAAUUCAAGCAAUCUAAGGAUCAAGAAGGGUGAGAGAUACAAUUGACAUCGCUGACUAAUGAACUUUUUAAAGAAUUCAUCCUCCAUCUACUUUGCCACUGAAAAUAAUUAAAACAUUCCUUAAAUGGUUUGGUGAGCAAGACCGUUCUGAUCUAGAUGUUUCCUUGGUCUGAGGCAUUACUUGAGGACUGGUUCGCUAGAACUCCAAUGAGGAUUUCGUAUUCCAAGUUGGUAACUACCCUUGGUCAGUGGUUGACUGUUUAGGUGUUUGUCACAGAUGUGAACCAAUGGUAAGGCCAGACUAUAGUAUGCAAGGUUCUAAUUCUUGACGAGCUGCAUAGUGUAUAAUUAAUACUUCCCUCUCUUUCUAUUUAGCCUCCACUUCAUAGUGUUUGACACGGAAGUGGCCCAUGACAUCCUGAAAGUGUGGGACGGUCCAACAGAGGGGGGUAUUCUCCUGAAGGAAUGGAGUGGGUCAGCUCUGCCCGAUGACACCCACAGCACCUUCAACAUCUUAACGCUCCAGUUUGACAGUGAUUACUUCAUCAGCAAGUCAGGCUUCUCCAUUCAGUUCUCAAGUAAGUAGCACUCCACCUGUUACAACAGACCAGAGGAAUUCUGAUAUGACAUUCAUACCAGUAACUUUUCAAACAAAGGCUACAGUAUUUUCUUGAUAUUUCCCUCUCUCAGCCUCGAUUUGAACUUGUUAUUAAGUCUUUUAUGUCCGCGUAUAAACCACUCUUAUGACGAAAAUUAUUUUUUGCACCAUAAAUAUUUCAUGCAAAUAUAAAUGAAAUGGAGCAUUGCAUUUGCAUAUAAAUGGCAAAUAUUUUCUGGAAAUAUUAUUUCAAAGACAAGUAGUCGCCACAAUUCAGUUUGCUGCCAGUCCAAUGAUUUCACAUAAAAUAUUAUAUUACCGUAUAUCAUAAUCAGCAUUUGGCAGCAAAAAAAUUGAGUUGUAUGAAUUAAAUGCGUGUUGUCAAAAUGUCAGCAUUUGUCUCAUGUUUAUAUUUAUAAGUGAUUCAUUUGUGUGAUUUCAGCUACUACUGCCAUGACCUGUAAUGACCCCGGGACACCUCAGAACGGGACGCGUUACGGGGAUAGUCGGGAGCCUGGGGACACCAUCACCUUCCAGUGUGACCCAGGUUACCAGGUCCAGGGCCUGGACAAGAUCACCUGUGUACAGCUCAACAACAGGUUCUACUGGCAGCCAGACCCUCCUACCUGUAUAGGUAUGUUGUUUUGACCUCCACAGUAAUGGAGAAAUGACUUCACUGUUAUUUCUCUUCAUGGCUUGAUGUCAACAAAGGCUUUGUACAAUAGGUAGAUGUUCCCUUUAUGAUUAUUCCACUGCAAGAAGGCGAUUUGGGAUGUGUAUGCUAGGCCACUGCGUUGUUUUCAUUGAAGGAUUUGUGGUAUCUGAAAAUACACGUAGACAGUGUUUUAUGAACCACCACUCAUUUGUGUCUGCUUAAUUACUUUAUGUUGAAUGAGUGACAUGUUUAUUAUUAGAAAGAAUGAAACGUAACAUUAGGAAUGUAAACCAUGUCUCAGUAGAGUGUGAAUCCCCCUGUGAAGAAUGAUUCAUCAGUAACUGAAAUGUAAUUGGCAUUUUCAGCCAUUGUCAACCAAUCCUUUGUCAGACAGUGUGCUUUGUCACUUCUAGUCUUUUGGCAUGUUUACCACACCACUAAUAAUUGUUUGAUGGAAGGCCAUUUAUAGCCAGAAUCAUUUGUAAUGGUGGAAGAUUACUAAGAUUAGAAAAAUGUUGCUCUUAUAAACAAGUACAUGAUUGACAGGAUUGGAACUCAAAAGGAGUCUUAUUUUGCUUAGCACACACUUGUCUCACACAACGGUAAAAAUAUAGAAGCAAAGAUGCUAAUAACCUUUCUGAAUGACAGUGGCAGGGAGGAAUUCCAUCGCUACUGUUUGUCACUGAACGUCUAUGCGUGGUGGCCUGUUUUGUCACUUCAACAUAAACAGUUAAUGUGAUGGAGACAAGUCGUAUUUAAACCUGUGUGUUGCCCUCACUCUCCUUGAUGUGAUAGCUACCUGCGGUGGCAACGUGACAGGCCCUGCUGGGGUGAUUCUAUCACCCAACUAUCCACAGCCAUACCCACCAGGAAAGGAAUGUGACUGGAGAAUUAAAGUCAACCCGGACUUUGUUAUAGCCCUAAUUUUCAAAAGGUAUGUCACUCACACUACGCUGCGAGGCACCUACGGUAAUAAGUACCAAGGUCAAAGAGCAGAUGGAAGGAGCGUAUCCACUCUGUCUUUGUCAGUUUGGUAAUUACCGUAAACAAACAUCAAACACAUCUGUGUUUGAGGUGAAAUAGUUUGCGUUUGUUCAAAUAUUAUCCAAAUCGAUGUGUGUUACUGUAUUACACUAUAUGCCUAGAUAUAAAUGGAAUAGCUUUGAUGAAAUGUACUAUAGUUCCUCGAAUUACAAAGCACCGCAACCCACAGGAAUUACAUUGGUUCAAAUGAGAAAAAUCCAAACAAACUCUUAUCAGUUGAUCUUAGAUUAAUCUGAACAUUACUAGCUCACCAUCCCUCUAAUGACAGUUACAGACAGUAUAGACAGGCCCCCACAUGCCUGAUUCUCACUGUAGGGCCAAGGCGAGCUGAACUGGCCUGGCCAUAGUUGCUAGUAAGGACAAUGUGAAUGGAAGCAUCCGAGCCAACAGAGUAUGGUUCUGGUUUGGCCCUACAGUGUGAUUCAGGCUCAGGUUUAUGUUUUUGGGGAUGACUCUUGUCCUGGAUUUCCACUAGAUGGGCCAGUGGCAAAGUCAAAAUUGGCUAUAUAAAUCAUAAACAUUUAUGAAAACGAAAAUUAGCUUAGGGUUAGGCACAAGGUUAGCAGUGUGGUUAAGGUUAGGGUUAGGUUUAAAAUCAGAUUUUAUGACUUUGUGGCUGUGCCAGCUAGUGACCACCCUGCAGAGCUGCCUCCAGUACACGAGUCAUCCCAAUAAAUGUAAACCUGUGAUUCAGGCAUCAGUCUUUAAUAAACAUUGUUUUCUAUUGCAUUCUCCCAGUUUCAACAUGGAGCCCAGCUAUGACUUCCUGCACGUCUAUGAGGGGGAUAACUCCAACGGUCCAUUGAUCAGCAGCCUGCAGGGAAAUCAGGCCCCGGAGCGCAUCGAGAGCAGUGGCAACAGCCUCUUCCUCGCCUUUAGGAGUGACGCCUCCCUCGGGAUGUCUGGCUUUGCCAUUGAAUUCAAAGGCAAGUUGUCAACAUGUUAGUUUCGCAGGAGGUGACCCUAGGUUUCUUUGAAAGUGUAUAGCAUUGGCCAUAUCGUAAGGUUGAUGUCUCUAUAAAAAUGUUUUCAACAGAUAUAGAUUUCUAAGAUGAAAGAUUUCCAGGAACUGGAGAAUAUAUUUUAUAGACUAUCUUUUUUCAUAAUAAGCCUUAUUGCAUGUUUUUCUUCCUGUCAGCUAGCUGUCCUUAUUUUGUCUGUUGUCUACAGAGAGCUAUGCAGUAUCUGAAAAACAGUAUGUAUUCGAACCUACUUCUUUUUAUUAAAUGCCUUUUGAUUGAAGGCAUUGAUGAUAGAACUAGAUCAACUGGAUAAUUGGUUUGAUUUGUUACGGCAAAUCAAUGAAAGUCACAAAACACAUGAACACAGAUGUGUAUAGUAUUUUGCCCUUUCAACCUCUCGUUCUUCUUGGAAGAUUUAUUCAAACCAAUCAAUAACAUAAUUUGUUGUUUUGUUUUGUUGGUCAUGUAUUUCACUGUGCUUUUGUCAAUAAAAGCAGUUAAUUACCUUCCAUGGGAACUCGGUAAGAUGUGUCAUAUCCCGAGGCUAAAAGCACUCAAAUGUUUCUUCUCUCUAAUUGAAAAUAUAAUCUGUACUUAUUUUUUCUGUAAAUCAAUCUCCUAUAUUCAUAGUUUUUUCCCCCAUCCAUGCACCAUUAACUAAGGUCAUUUAAAUGUUGAUAAGAGCGGGUUAAAAUAAUGGAAUUACCAUUUCUGGUUUCAUACUUAUUACUGUAAUAUACUUCAUAUAUUUUUAAUGAUGUUUUCUACUGCUUUAUUUCUAAUGUAUUCAUAAAUCCAUGUCAAAAUGUAGCUUUAGGUUAUGGGCAUUGGCAUGUAUACUUUGGCCUUGUGUGUUGAGAAGCAUUUUCCCUCUCUGGGUAUUGGAAUGCGGAUAAAAUUGUGAUGCACUAUGGCAAUUUCAGUGAUAAAAUCUCCCACCGCUACCCUCCUACUUUCACUGCUCCCCAAAGCACAAGGCAGCAGAGAGAAGUGGGCUGUUAGCUGUCAUCUUGUUUGGCAGUGUAUACAAGCACCACCUCCAGAGCCUUUUCCAACUGUCGUUCUCCGAGUGUCUGUUCCCAUAAGGACACUAGCUGCCCCCCUAUUUCCUACAGACCCACAUGCUUACCUUGUGCUGGUCUUUACUAUUGAGGAUUCUUUGGAGCAACUCUACCUGCUCUUUUGUACUCUCCUCUCCCUGUGUUCUGCCUCCUACAUGAAGGUUCACCAUAGAGACACAUCAGUAGCGGCUUCUGAGAAUCCCUGGAAUGUUCAUACAGUUAUAUAUUUCUUAAUUCCAUUCUUUUACUUUUAGAUUUGUGUGUAUUGUUGUGAAUUGUUAGAUACUUCUGCACUGUUGGAGCUAGGAACACAAGCGUAUCGCUACACCCGCAAUAACAUCUGCUAAAUAUGUGUAUGUGACCAAUAAAAUUUGAUUUGAUUUAUUUGAAUGCACCCAGUAACCCAGGAUACCAUACCCUGCCUGUUCAUGAUAUCUGGGCUUUUCAACUGCUGAAUUUCUUUUGCAUUUAUGGAUAAGUUGCAAUGCUUUAGCAAAAAUCAUUUUGGUUUGACAUUUUCCUCCUUGGUGUUGUAUUGAAAUCAAGUCUCUCUGCUCAAGGUCUAUGGUCCUGCACGGUACUUUAUCUUAAGCUUGUGUACGUUCUCUACUCCACAGAGAAACCCAGGGAGGCAUGCUUUGACCCUGGAAAUAUCAUGAACGGCAGUCGCGUGGGCAUGGACUACAAACUGGGCUCCACGGUGACCUAUCAAUGUAACUCAGGUUAUACUGCUGUUGGACCAGCCACAGUCACAUGCGUUUUCGGUCCGGAUGGAAAACCUAUAUGGGACAAGGUCCUACCAACGUGUAAAGGUAAGAGGUUUUCAGUUUACCUACGGUUAUAAAAUCUGAUUCCCAACAGCUUAUCACAGAGAGAGUACCUUGUUGUUGUCCUCCCUUUAAGUCUAAAUCAAAUCAAAUCAAAUUAUAUUUGCCACAUGCACCGAAUACUACAGGUGUAGACCUUACAGUGAAAUGCUUACUGACAAGCCCUUAACCAACAAUGCAGUUUUAAGAAAAAAAAAAAAAAGUGUUAAGUAAAAAAUAUAAAUAGCAAAUAAUUAAAGAGCAGCAGUAAAAUAAAAUAACAGUAGGGAGGCUAUAUACAGGGGGUACCGGUACAGAGUCAAUGUGCGGGGGCACCGGUUAGUCAAGGUAAUUGAGGUAAUAUGUACAUGUGGGUAGAGUUAAAGUGACUAUGCAUAGAUAAUAAUCAGAGAGUAGCAGCAGCGUAAAAGAGGGGGUGGGGAUGGGGUGGGACACCCCAGAACGGGACACGUUACGGGGAUAGUCGGGAGCCUGAGGACACCAUCACCUUCCAGUGUGACCCAGGUUACCAGGUCCAGGGCCUGGACAAGAUCACCUGUGUACAGCUCAACAACAGGUUCUACUGGCAGCCAGACCCUCCUACCUGUAUA